AUACUACGUUCACACAUUGUGUUACUUCUUAUAUAUCAGUUUAGUGUCUGUUUUCACGUAGAUAAUGUUCAAUGUUUAUUUUCAUACAAAUAUUGAUCGAUUGAUCAAAUUGUGUUAUAUUUAUUGAUCUUCUGUGUUGUGUUCCAUUGUGAUACUAUGGGUUCCACUUUAUGGCCAGGUCUUCCUUUCUACGAUCUUGUAAAAAGGGAAAACAAAGCCGAAAUAAUAGGGAAAAAAAUAAAGAUGUACUUAACUAGGAAUAACAUAAAUAUCAACGAAAAGAAGCUAUUUGGUGGCUAUACCGUUCUUCAUCAUGCCUGUUCUUCAAAAAUAUAUAAAUUUGCUGAAUAUCUCCUGAAAUUCUACAUUGGCCUCAUUGAUACAAAUGCUUUGGGCUUACAGAACGAAACACCGCUACAUUUGGCUAUUAACGAUGGUAACAAAAUGGUUAUAGAUACUCUCUUGAGGUUUGGGGCGAAUCCCAACAUACAUCGAGCAGACGAUGGUAAAACAGCUCUCCAUUUAUCCUGUAGUAGAAUAUCAAUCGGCAUACUACAAAGUUUACUAAAUGUAGAUACGAUUGAGAUAAAUGCAAGAGAUCUGCAAGGUUGGACGCCCUUACAUUAUGCAGUUAGGGAGAAAAACUUGCGUAUGAUAAAACUCCUAAUACACCGUGGAGCUGACCCAAACGCUAAAGCAGAAGAUGGAAAAACACCCCUUCAUAUAGCUACUUGCGGAGGAUGUAGGCAAGUCAUAGUUUUUCUCUUAGAAAAAGGCGCGACGGUCAAUGUAAGAUCUACUUCAGGAUCUACACCCUUGCAUUUGGCUGUUAGAAAAGGCAAUGAAUUUGCAGUACUGAAGUUUUUGGAAUACGCCGGAGAUCCUAAUUGGAGUCCUCGAAUAGGGAAGAACCAUAUUAUCCAUUCGGCUUUAAUGCAAAACAACAAGGCAAUAUUUGCAACGAUUCUGAAGUAUUCGAAGGAUGUUGAUGCCAAAGAUAGCAAUUCGUUGACUGCUCUACAAAAAGCAGUCGAUUGUGGUGAUUCGGAAGCAGUGAGAAUCUUGUUGCAAUACAAACCAAAUACAAACAUAACCUGGAAAAAUGAUAAUAAGACCCUCCUUCUACGCUCUGUCGAAAUAGGUAACAUCAAAAUUACGAAAAUGCUUCUAGAAUCCAGAGCAGCUGCAUCUAUCAAUGUGAAAUCGAAACAAGGACGCACUCCUUUGAUAAAAGCAGUUGAAAUGCGUAGAUCAGAUUAUGUACGGCUUCUUUUAGAAUAUGGUGCAGAUAAGAAUAUUAAAAAUAAAGAUCAGCAUAUUCCGUUGUUCAUUGCCGUUAAAAGGCUUUACACUGAAAUGAUAAGUUUUCUAGCGUGAAUUUUAAAUAUAAGAACAAAGAAUUCUAAAGUUUUCGAUUUGAUUGAAACGCAAUGUAGAAAUAUAAUUUGAACGAUUAUGAGAUAUUUGACGUGUAACAUGUGUUAUUCAAAAUAAAUCUGAAUAAAGUUAA